AUGAGUUGGAACCUGGAAGAGUUUGGAGUUGCUUCUUGGACAACAAUGUCUCUUCUUUUCAAUCAAUUCGUAGAACUCUUUGUUGAUGAAGAAGGAGAAGAAGAUCACAAGGCUCGCUUCGUCUUCGCUUCAUCUCCACAGAAGCAAACCCCUUAUAUGAUACUUGAAGGUGACAAAGUAGGAGAGUCUUCUUCAGAAGCGGAAAAAAUUGUUAUGAACUUCAAGUUACUUGAUCUGAGAAAGGAAGAGAUCAUCGAAGUUACACACAAGACAUUUCCAAAGUUGUUGUAUGAAGGGUCACGAGUAAUUGGAAGCUCACGUGGCUGGACAGCUUUUAUGAGCAAACAUGAUGGAACUGUCUAUCUAAGCAACGUGUUCAAUCUAGCGUUUUCUAGAGUCAUUGCUCUGCCUUCACUUUCUGAUCCUUUGCGUCUUCGAUCCACUGCAAUCGUAAAUGUCUCUAUAUCUUCUCCUCCUGACCAAGAUGAUGGUUAUGUAGUGUUCGUCAAGUUCUUAGGCAGUAACCUCUAUUACUGUAGGCCUGAUCGGGUCUCACAAUGGACACAAAUGGAUAUUGAAGGAUCCCAUGUAAACUUAUGUGACGUCAUUUAUUCCCCAAGAAACCAAAUGUUGUUCCUUGUUAUAAUAGGAGCAAGUUACUUGCUUUCUUUUGAUGUCAACAUGGAGAGAAGGUAUACGAUUUUGAACUUGAGAAAUUUGCCAAAGAUGCCACAAUCCGAGUGGGAGUUGUUGGCUUUGUGUUGCAAGAGUGAGCACAUGGUUGAGGCGCCUUGUGGCAAAUGUUUCAUAGUGAGACGGUAUGUGGAGACAUAUGACAACAACGGGAUUAUAUUCAAGAAAACCAAGCGAUUCAUGGUGUUUCUGCUAGAUAAAAAAGUGAAAGAUGGAGAAAUUACUGCUAGAUACACUAAAGACAUUGGAGAUCUCUGCAUAUUUUUUGGUACUAAUGAAACGUUUUGUGUGGAGGCAAGCAAGUAUCAUGGACUUAACCCUAACUCAAUAUAUUACAUAGGAUAUGGCCUUGGUGUUUACGAUAUCGGUUCGGGAAUAUUCUAUCAUUUUCCUUCAUAUAUGCCUCUCAAUUCGCCUCUUUGUCUCUUACCCAUCUUAUCUAAUCCUCAUGUUUGAUAAGAUUGUGAUAGUUUUUUCUCUUCAUAUAUUCUAUCAUUUUCCUUCAUAUAUUCUAUCAUUUUCCUUCAUUUUUUUUGUACACCCUUUUUCGAUGUUUGAUAAGAUUGUGAUAGUUUAAUGGUAACCUUUUGGACUUGGCGUAUACUACGUCAAGUGGUUAACAAAGUAGACUGUAACAAAUGAUCGAUCCACAUUCUGGUAUUAAUCGGAAGAUUUUUAAAUUAGGUUAGGUAAAGUGAUACAUUUUUAGAAUAUCCACUCUGAGAUAUUAUUUAUAUUUUUCUUGUAACCGACGAGAUAGUAUAUAUAGUUUAUAAUAAAAAUAUGUUUUCAAAAAUAAAAAUAAAACUUGGCCAAUGCCGUACCGGUUCUUUAAGGUUUUAUAAACAAGAAAACAUGUUUUGUUCAUUUACCUCAAAGUUCAAACGACAUGAAAAGACAAAAGUUGGAGGAGUUACAAACUCAUAUUACGAGUACCACGCCAUCUUUUAUAUUUAACAUGUUUUUUGCUUACAUAAAAAAUCUAAGUGGAACUAAUAAAUUUUUACUGUUCACCAACUUUUUUUUAACAUACGUUUAUCAGGUUCUUCAGAAAUAACAAAUUUAGGAGAUAAACAAUUUAAUCUCUAAAAUGCUCAAAUUAGAAGAAAUAAAAAAAAACAAUUUUUUUUUGCUGCAACUGAUCAUCCAAAAAGGAAUAUGCUGAAUAAACAAAAUAUGCUGAAUAAGGAAUAUUUAUUAUGGAAUAAUAAAUAGAAUAUUGAAUGAAAUAUGAUACAAUUUUUGAAAAUAGUAAUGGGAUAGUGAAUUUCAUUCAUUUUAUUCAUUCGUUUAUAAUGUGGAACAGGGGGGGGGGGAUUUUACAAAAGACUUUUCGAAUAUGUAUGAUUGUUUUAAUUUUUUAUAGGAAAUGAACAACUAAACUAUACUGUCUCCUUAGAACAAAAUCAAAUUUUGUCAUUUUAGAUCUUUACUACCCUUCUUGUAUAUAAAAAAUCAUAUCAAUAUUUUUACAAUGCAAAAAAAUAAAGGAAAAAAAAUAAAAAGUGAUGUAAACACGUAUGUGCAUGUAAAAAAAUUAUUUUUGGAUUCAAAAGAUGUUUGGAAUAAUAAGUUUAAAAAUGGUCUAAACGUAAUUUAUCAUCUAUGGUGAUUUAGAAUUUGCAAUCAGCAGAAAACACAAUCAUCUAAUGGACAUAGAAUACGAAAUAUACCAGUCCAACUAGUACUCCAGCUUUAAGCUUAUCAAUCUACAACAACACCCACCACAAGUAAUGUGUUAAAUCCAUCAGAGAGAAAUCAAGUUCAUGUUUAAAGAUUAAAGGUGUUUAAAGAUUAAACCUGUAUACUCAAUAAUCUUCAAAUAAAUCAUAAGGUUUUGAACUUCAUCAAUCUGAUAUAGAACCGUUUUAAGCUUAUCACCACCAAGAUUAGCACUUACGUUCAUUCUUAUCAUUGAUGUAACCUUCGGAGCUAAACCCAUGGAUCUGGCCACCGAAUCAAGUGGGAAAUUUGGACGCAUCGAAUCGAUUCCACUCUAACCGUAAAGCAGUUUCUCGCAAUAAGCAUCAACUUGGUAUCAAAGAAAGAUCAACUUGGUGAUUACGACAUGUUUCUUUGGAUCUGUUUCACGUUGAGGGGCGGAAACGGUGGCUGAUGCAGAGACGAAUGAUCGUCUCCUCGUGGGUUUCGCAUUGGUGAUCUGAUGAGACUGUCGAUUCGAAGGUUGAUGAGUAGGUUUGGUGGAGAAGCACGGAGAGAGAUGAUGAUUGAAGCGCUCUUUUAGUAAUAAAAAUUAAUAAUAAAAUCUGUUUCUAAUUAGUUUAUUUAAAAUAUAAAUAUUGUAUAAUUAGAGAGUUAAAAUGGAAUUAACAUUAAUAUUAAUUCUAAGUAGACAAUAAUCCAUAAAAUGAUUCUAAAGGGAUAAUAGAUAAGUUCUUUUGUUCUUUUUUGACAAAAUUCUUUUUGUUAUUGUAACUAGUAAAAUUUAAUGGAAUUCUAUGGAAUCAGAGCCGGACCUACAUUGAAGAUAGGGGUGUCAUUCGACACAUGUAAAAUUAUAAAAAUUAAAUCUGUAAGUCUAAGACAAGGAGUUACUCUAGUUGUUUUGGUUAAAGUUUCUAGGUUUGACAUACAUUAAACUAGAUUCAAGACUCCAAUAUGUUCAUUUAUAUAUUUUAUUACUAUUUUCUCAUAAGUGAGUAAUUAUAAUUUUGAUAACUUUACAUAUAUUUUGACACCCAUAAAAUAAAACUGGAUGGAAUGAUGCACUUCACACAAAUUUAUCACAUUCCAGUUGUAGAAUUUUGUUUUAUUAAAACCUUUUAAUCGUCAAUUUUUGUUGAUUAGCAAAUGAAUCAAUUCAAUGAGAAAAUGCACCCUAAAAUUAUAUAAAAUAUGAUUUUGAAAGAAACUCAAACCAUUGAGAGGCGAUCGGUAAUCAUCUUCCUCUACAUGUACAAUCCCAUCAAUUCUAUCAAGAUUGGUGAUUGGGUUUGCUGGGAAAACUUUUGGACCAGCAAGAUCCCGGUGUUGCAGGAAGUGCAUGGUUUAGCAGACUUACAUCCAAGAUAUCACUUUCUAAUUCCAGCUUCAUAACUCUUGUGUUACAUUCCACCUGAUGUUCAAUAUCUUUGCAGGGAAAGAGUUAUUAGAGUAUCAUAUUGAAGUUUUCGGAUUUUUCUCAACCAGAUUUCACGAUUUUGGAGU